CCCUGCACCCCUCUCCCGGCGACACGGCGGAGGUGGGGGCGGGGGCCUGGCUCAGCGCUCUGGAACAGCUGCAGCCGCUCCGGGCCCGCCUGGAAUGCGGGAACCGGCUGCGCACCAGGACUUUUAUGGAAACUUGCUGGGGGAGACGGCGGCGGCCACAGCAGCCAGACGCUCCCGGCGGCCGCGCAGCAGCCAGACCCCGGCCCGCUUCGGGCGCGCCCCGCGCAGCCACCGUCGUCGCUCACCGCAGGCUCCCGGCCGGUGAAAAAAUAUACAACAUUUUAUAAUCAUCUGAAGAUCUCACAGAGCAAACAUGAAUGAUAUUUCCCAGAAGGCUGAGAUUCUGCUUUCCUCAUCUAAACCUGUCCCAAAAACCUAUGUGCCAAAACUUGGCAAAGGUGAUGUAAAGGAUAAGUUUGAAGCCAUGCAGAAAGCCAGGGAAGAAAGAAAUCAAAGGAGAUCUAGAGAUGAAAAGCAAAGAAGAAAAGAACAAUUUAUUAGAGAGAGAGAAUGGAACAGGAGAAAGCAGGAGAUUAAAGAAAUGCUUGCAUCUGAUGAUGAGGAAGAAGGAUCAUCUAAAGUGGAAAAGGCUUAUGUCCCAAAGCUAACAGGUACUGUCAAAGGUAGAUUUGCCGAAAUGGAAAAACAAAGACAAGAAGAACAAAGGAAAAGAACAGAGGAAGAGCGAAAACGCAGAAUUGAGCAGGACAUGUUAGAAAAGAGGAAGAUACAGCGUGAAUUAGCCAAAAGGGCGGAGCAGAUUGAGGACAUAAACAAUACGGGGACUGAAUCAGCAUCAGAGGAAGGAGAUGAUUCACUACUUAUAACAGUGGUACCUGUAAAAUCACACAAAAUAUCUGGAAAAACAAAAAUGAAUUUUGGAGAUCCAGAAAAAGAACAAGAAGAAAAAGAAAGGGCCAAAGAUGAAGAAGAUGAGAGAAUAAGAUAUGAAGAACAGCGACGAUCUCUCAAGGAAGCAAAAUGUCUUUCAUUGGUCAUGGAUGAUGAACUAGAGAGCGAGGCAAAAAGAGAAUCACUCUCUCCUGGAAAACUGAAACUAACUUUUGAAGAAUUAGAAAAACAAAGGCAAGAAAAUCGAAGAAAGCAAGCUGAAGAGGAAGCAAGACAACGCUUAGAAGAAGAGAAGCGUUCUUUUGAAGAAGCAAGGCGCCAAAUGGUAAAUGAAGAGGAGGAAAACCAAGAAACAGAAAACAUUUUUAAAGGAUACCGUCCUGGUAAGCUCAAGCUUAGUUUUGAGGAAAUAGAAAGACAAAGGAGAGAAGAAGAAAAGAGGAGAGCAGAAGAAGAAGCCAGAAGGAGAAUAGAGGAAGAAAAGAAGGCAUUUGCUGAAGCAAGGAGAAGCAUGAUUGUAGAUGAUGAUGCCCCAGAGAUGUACAAAACAAUCUCUCAAGAAUCUCUUACACCUGGAAAACUGGAAAUCAAUUUUGAAGAAUUAUUAAAACAAAAAAUGGAAGAGGAAAAAAGACGAACAGAGGAGGAACGCAAGCAUAAGUUAGAGCUGGAAAAACAGGAAUUUGAACAGUUGAGACAAGAAAUGGGAGAGGAAGAAGAAGAAAAUGAAACAUUUGAACUAAGCAGGGAAUAUGAAGAAUUAAUCAAACUGAAAAGGAGUGGGUCUAUUCAAGCUAAAAAUCUGAAAAGCAAGUUUGAAAAAAUUGGACAGUUGUCUGAAAAAGAAAUACAGAAAAAGAUAGAAGAAGAACGAGCGAGGAGGAGAGCGAUUGACCUUGAAAUUAGAGAGCGAGAGGCAGAAAACUUCCAUGAGGAUGAAGAUGUUGAUAUCAAGCCUGCAAAGAAAAGUGAGGCUCCGUUUACUCACAAAGUAAAUAUGAAAGCUAGAUUUGAACGUAUGGCUAAGGCAAGAGAAGAGGAGGAACAAAGAAGAAUUGAAGAACAAAAGUUACUGCGGAUGCAGUUUGAACAAAAAGAAAUUGAUGCAGCACUACAAAAGAAAAGAGAAGAGGAAGAGGAGGAAGAAAGUAGCAUCAUGAAUGGUUCCACUACUGAAGAUGAAGAACAAACAAGAUCAGGAGCCCCAUGGUUCAAGAAGUCUCUAAAAAACACAUCGGUUGUAGAUAGUGAGCCAGUUCGAUUUACUGUUAAAGUAACAGGAGAACCUAAACCUGAAAUUACAUGGUGGUUUGAAGGAGAAAUACUGCAGGAUGGAGAAGACUAUCAAUAUAUUGAAAGAGGGGAAACUUACUGCCUCUAUUUACCAGAAACUUUCCCAGAAGAUGAAGGAGAGUAUAUGUGUAAAGCAGUCAACAAUAAAGGCUCUGCAGCUAGUACCUGUAUUCUUACCAUUGAAAGUAAGAAUUAAUCAUUAUUAAUCUUAAACUUUUGUUCUAUUUAUUCUACUUUCUUUUAAAAAGUUACUUUUCCUUUCUCUUUUUUAGCUGACUACUAGGCUCCCCUUCUCUCUCCAACUUUCUUACUACAUCUAUUUUUUUCCUAUGGCGGGGCUAAAAAACGAAGCCAGAAGUGCCACUGUGUUGCCUUCUUUUCCUUUUCCUAAGUCUUCAAGUACUCGUCAUCUGAAGACUGCCUUCUUGCUUUCCAAAGAGCACCAGAACCAUCACCAUGGGCAGUAAAAUUUAAUGUGCAUUUAAAAGGGGAAAGUGGGACAUCAAUUCAUUGUAUCAGAACGUACGAGAAAGGCUGUGUGUUUUUCCUGCAACUUUACAGAAAUCGUGUUU